UGACCAAUCUAGCUCCCGAGGGGCUGUGGGGAGCUCCUCCCGCCCUGGCACCUCCUCACCCCUCCUGGAGCCCCCCGGAGCCCGGAGAGCGAUGGCAGCGAGGGAGGGAUGAGGGAGAGAGAGGGACUGACUGCAGCUGCCCUUUCUGCAGGAUGCAGUGAGAGGGAUGAACACCUCCCGAGCUCCUUCCUCUGGCUGUUCGGGAGCAGAUCCUGCCUGCCUGGCGGGGUGACUCCCCUGCGCUGUCUGUGCGCGUUCCCGUGCCGCUGCCAUCGCAGAUGUACCCCCAGCUGCCACUUCACCGCGCACAGUCGCUCCCUCUCCCGCCUCUCUCUCUCCUUCUCUCUCCCCCUGUUUAUUAUUUACGGAGGAUUACAGUCCCUUUCCCACGCUGUCACCUCGCUGCGCGGCUCCCCUGCCCUCCAGCCUGCCUAGGGAGGGCUCCUGCCAGCUAGGGUCCGCCGAGAGCCACUUUCUGCUGGAUUUGCUUUGGGAUUGUACCGGCUUCAGAGAGCUGGGAGAGCUGCCAUUCCCACAGGAGGGUCCAUUCCAGCCUGAGAGGGGACCUGGCAGGCACGCUACAAGGUCAUUCCCUCUCCCCCUGGGGCCGUGUGCCAGGCUGGCUGUUGGAUGUGAAGACACGCUGGAGAAGACCACAAUGCUGCCUACAAGUGCUGGCCACCGGUGGAGGAGCAGGUUCCUCAUGAGGUGGCAGGAGGCUUGUCUGCUUGGCUGCUGGCUCUCACUGUGUGCUGCUGAGUCCUUCUUUGCUUGUCCAUCCUCCUGCAAGUGUAACAGUGGCAACCUGGAAGUGGACUGUAGUGGCUUGGGCCUCUCUUCCAUUCCCUCAGACAUCCCCACAAACACCAGGACCUUCCUCUUUCUCAACAACAAACUCAGCAUCCUGCCAGGAGCAGUGUUUUCCAACCUCUCUGCUCUGCAGAGGCUGGAUCUAUCCAACAACUUCUUGGACCAGCUCCCUCAGAACAUCUUCAGUGACCUGGGGAACCUCACAGAGCUCCAGCUGAGGAACAACAGCAUCCGGGCCUUGGACAAGGACCUGCUGCAGCACACGGCCCUGCUGCGCCAGCUGGACCUCUCCAUCAACGGCUUGGCCCAGAUCCCUUCGGGCAUCUUCGACGACCUGCCUGCUCUCCGCUCCCUCUCCCUCAGGUCCAAUCGCCUGCAGAGCCUGGACAGGGUGACCUUUGAGCCUCUAACCAGCCUGCAGCAGCUCCAGGUUGGGGAUAACCCCUGGGAGUGCGACUGCAACCUCCGAGACUUCAAGCACUGGAUGGAGUGGUUCUCCUACCGAGGUGGGAAAAUCGACCAGCUGGCCUGCACCUUGCCCAAGGAGCUGAAAGGAAAGGACAUGCGAAUGGUGCCCAUGGAGAUGUUCAACUACUGCUCCCAGCUGGAUGACGAGAACAGCUCCACAGUGCUGGACAAUACUGGCCCACCUUGCACUAAAGGAAGCCCUGCUCCUUCCAAAUCUAAAUCAGGCCCAGAAACAGAAGUGGAGCCCAGUGUGGGAUGCCCUCAGAAACAGCGGUACAGGCCUGUGAGCGUGCGCCGGGCCAUUGGCACUGUGAUCAUUGCGGGCGUGGUUUGUGGCAUCGUUUGCAUCAUGAUGGUGGUGGCUGCUGCCUAUGGCUGCAUCUACGCCUCCCUCAUGGCCAAGUACCACCGGGAGCUGAAGAAGAGGCAGCCGCUCAUGGGGGACACAGAAGGAGAACAUGAAGAACAAAAACAAAUCUCUUCUGUGGCGUGAAACCGUUCUAGGAAGGAAGGGACAGCGAUGAAAAAAGGUACCUGAGAGCAGUCAAGCAUGGGGUCCUCCCAAAAUACAUCUUCCCAGACAGACUGUGCUAUUGCUCCACUCACCCAAGUAGUACAACAUGCUUCUGGGGGGUCAGGGCACCUGGCUCAAUUUCUUUUCCUCUGCCCCAGGCCCAUUUUGUGCCCUUUCACCCUUGGGCCCUCCCAGACAAAUAAAGUAGAGUCAGACCUCGAGUGCUUGCUGUGCCUCAUGCCCUUGCACAGAGCUUCCCUCACAUGCCUGCUGCAAAGGCAGCUGGCACCUUCUGGGAACCUGUGUCAUCCUCUCAGCUUUGGCCCCGAGUCGUCCUGUAUCCUGUCGAGAGCUGUCUGCAAACAGAGAGCAGCUGUGUGAAAGCCCACGUGGGGAGCAGGACACCACAGGUGUCCAUGCCUCACCCUUAGGUCACUGCUGUUGUGUGACACUAAGUUGCUGCCUACCCUACAAAUCAGUGCUGCCAAGAUUACAUCAGCAGGGAGGCAAGGUCCCUACGGUAGGGCAACAGUCAGUGGGAGACUUCCCUCCUCACUUUUAGAGGUGGAAGGAUACCUGGAUCACCCUAACACGCUGCCAGGGAGCACAGUGCCCCUCUUUUUGCCUCCUGGCCAAGUCCAAACCUUUGAGCUGACACACGUGUCACCUGCUGCAGGUGCACAGGCACAGAGCCAUCCUCCUGUACACACACACACACACUGACUCCUGAUCCCGACACGCACACACAGAGCCAGCCCCGGUUCCAGGCAUCCAGGCACCCCACCUGCACAUGCAGAGCUGCCACUCAUGCCCAUGCUGACCUGCCCUCUGCAUGCAGCCAUGGAUACAUCCAGCCACUUUACCUUACCCUCAUCAUAGUAGUGCGUAUCACCUUCUGCUUCAGACAAAAAACAUGCACACGCCACUGAGGAGUAACAAACACAUCUCAGCCAUAGUGCAGAGCCAGUGGGAACUGGCAGGAGAGGAUGGAGAGAGGAAAAGUUACUGAGAUUACAGCACCAGCCUGUGGAAAUAAGUACACAGCAUGAAAAAAAAAAAAAGAAGGUGCAUUCUUAUCUAUUUUAUGUCUUCUCUAAUAAAUGGAGAGGGAAAGGAUGUGAAGCCUCCAUUUAGACACGUUUGAUUGGCAGAUCAGAAGUGGGUCAUCAGGAAAGACUAGAGGAGGAGGUGGCUUACCAGGAGUGUAAGCCCUGCUGAGUAGUGUGAGCCUAGGAGAAGGUGUCAGGGGAAGAAGUCACACAACCCAGGAGCUGCCAUGGCUGGCACAGGGGCCAGCACGGCGUGUGGAACAGGGUGAUACAGCCGGGGUGACCAAAAGGAGUGGGCAGAGCUCUGGAGGGUCUUGAGGUGAAGGCUGGAAGUUGGAGCACAGCGUGGCACGUGUGGGAGAGCCCAGGAAGGCAGCAGGGCCCACAUGCACUCCCUUCACCAUCACUGAGGUGUCCAGUGACACCUGCAGCUGCGCCCCAGUGUGCCACACACACUGCCGCUGUCACGUAGGGUGACUUCCCCCAACCAGGUUUUAAAGCCCUCAGACUGCAGUGCCUCCUAUUAGUCUUAGCUCAUUCUGACCUGACAGGGUAAAAAAAAAAAAAAAAAAAGUGAGAGGAGAAAAAAAAAUAUGAAAGGAACUCAACAUAAGGACUCAUUUUGUAUCACUGGAAGUGGGAUAAAAUGCUGUCUCCAGGGGAGAGCGCGCAUUGCCAUGGUAACCUGCUCUAACCCGUCACAGUGGGUAUUCCUGGGCGAGGAGGAUGACACCAGAGGUCGUGCAUCCACAGUGCCUGUGGAUGGUGUGAUCCCUGCCAUCAGGAAAGAAGCUGGCAGCCAGCCCAGCUUCACGGGGUGUUUCACUAGAACCUGUGCUCGGAGCCCUGCGAGCUCUGCAGGUGGACCCUGCCAGGGCACGUCACCUCUCCCACCUGCUCCAUCUGAAUCCCAGUGCCGUUGGAUGUCUCCCAGCCCCCUGCUCGCUGUGAUGGGAUCCCUGUGGAAGUGAUGCACGCCGGCUCCUCGCUCCUUCUGCUCCCAGACAGGGGGCUGAACCCACCCGUGGGCACGCGACAUCCUUAAUCAAAGCCUGGAGUGGCAAAAUCCCUCCUGGUCUACCCAGGGCCAGCAGAGCCCAGGAGGCAGGAUGCUCUGGACUGUUUUAGCGUGACUUCCCUUCAACACAGGGAUGCAUGGGGCAGAGGAGGAUGUUCUUCAGGGAAGCAGAAGACCAGGCUGCCACGGAGGAAGAACUGGGAGAAGCAGUCAGCCCACCCACCAGUGUGCGCACACGCUUUCCCCCCGCUUCCAGCACACCGGGGGGAAGAGGAAGAGAAGGAGGGGGGCUGGUGAAAUGUGAGGAGGAAGGACUCUUCCCCCAUGCACUGUACAGCCACUCCAAGCAUCCCAUCUGCUCCAAGUGUAGCCCGCUCUGAAGGGCAGAACUGGUGCACUGCAGACUCCAUGUGCGUGUUACUGCUGCUCCACAUUCCCAGCAAGCCAGGACCAGACUCUGCCUGCUGGAUCCAAACCUCUCCCCAACCUCCCUCUCAGGGGAACCUCUCCCUUUACCAUACUGGACUCCGCAAUCAUACUUGAAAUGGGACUUGAGUCAGAGUGGUAUAUUUAUAGAUCUAUAUUUUACUUGCAUCAAAUAAUGGUGACAUAUUGCACAAAACAAAUGGGAUCUAUAUAUGUGUGUGUGUGUGUGUGUGUGUGUGUGUGUGUGUGUGUGUGUGAGAGAGAGAGAGAUAAGAGAGAGACUGUUUUUAAGGGAAUAGACUAGAGGUGAAAUGAAAUGGGAAGAAGGUAGGGGACAAUGCAGGGGUUGAGGGUGUGAAACCCUCCUUUCCCUGCACCUUCCCUGUGACUUCCUCCUGCCCUGACCAAUUUUAAUUUGUUGCUAAUAACAUUUUCUAUAUUCUGUGUUGUGGGGCUGGUGAUGACCUUGCCCAUCCUUUCCUUUUUUUUUUUGUUUUAAUUUAUACGACAGAAAGUCUGGAUUUAUCUCAACCCUAGACAAGGGACUGCUAUGUUUAGAAAGCCACCCAGGAAAGGAGAAGACAGGAAAGGGGAGAGCUGAGUGUUGCUGGGAAACACGAAGGCUGGCUAUGAGGAGUCCCUCUGGAAAGCAAAUACUGUGUUUGGCAGGAUGAGGACCUGUCCUUUUGCGUGCGGAGAAGAGCAGCAGGGCUCAGGGGGAAGUGCCCUCUUCACGGCACCGCUUCCAAACGGGCUGUCUCUCCUCUCCCCAGCACACCUGGAGAUCAGGCUGCCCUGCUGUGACCUGGUGUGUGGGGAGCUGCAGGCUUGGGGGAUCCCCCUGGAUGCACCCUUUGCUGCAGGCAGCUGCUCCAGGGACACGUGUGGGUGCCUGCCCUCAGGAAAGGGUCUUCUGGGGCCAGCAGGUCCCUCACAGGUAGGGCCACCAGGAACAGCCCUCCUGCUCCCCUUCCCCACACACCCACCUGUGGGACAGGCAGGCACAUCCCUUGCAGGGAACAGAUGGCACUUGUCAUUCCUUUUUUCUUUUUUGUUACCGUUUGAUGGAGAGCGACAAGAUUUUCUAAAAUGAUUGAAUGGAGGUUUCUUUGGCAUGAGACAGAAAAUUUUUAAAGGUAUAUUAUAUUUCUGGCUUGUUGUUACAGAAUAAUAAUAAAGAAUGUAUUUUCCUAUGCUC